AUAGAAGGCUUUUCCAUAGAAGGCCAUGCUCAUCUCCUUUUCCACAUUGUGAGAGCAACAAGGAAUAAUACACCUACAACUAAACCCUUUCCCCCUCCUCCCCCACAACCAUAUCGUUUUACAUCGGAUAACCAGCGCAUAGCUGUGGCCAUUAUCGGUAUAAUCAGGAUGCUUGUUUCUUUCACGAGCGUCGAAGCAAGGGAGUCACCGAUUCCGCCACUACAAGCCUGAAGCAGAUAUGAAGGCCGAGAAGCGCACACAGUCACAUCAACAUCCAUGGGGUUGAACGUCAUGCAACGUCCGAACACACCGGCAACAAUUCCAUAACCGCCAACGCUUCCAUCCUCUCCCCGGGUCUCAAUCGGAUGCCUGCGUGGCCGGCCCGCCAUAUCCUACGCUGCCGAGUCCUUUCAGACCGGGCGGCGACGCCGUCAUUGACAGCCGCCGGAACCGAAACAUGCCUUUCGGAUUGGCCCGGCCGCCGUGCGCGGCCCUCUUAUUCGGACAAUCGAUUCUCGCCCGGUGCUCGCCGCAGCUUCUCGACCAUGUGGUGGACUAGCAAUGGCCUUCUGUCUUGUCCAGACAACUCCAAACCAUAUCAUGCCCGAUCAACAGGGCCAUUACGGCGCUACAUUUAUGCUCGGCCCUCGAGUGGUCGCCAGAGCACCCAGAACGCCAGUCACAAACCCUUUCCAAGUGGGUGGGUUCCCUGGCUGAGACCACUCGCGAAUCAGCAGGAUGGGGGCUUGCACAUCAGCGACUCUUCGACAUUUUCCCUCGGUCUUGAUGCCCCUCUCGGUCCCGACGUUUGGAAUGCUGUGGUGUCACUGCUCGGCUUGCCUUCCGAGGGUUUCGAGUCGGCGACAGCGACCAAAUCGCGCCGGAUGAUGCCGACCCGCGGUCAUUGGGCGGUCUAGUUACGCUCCUCGUGUUCUCUCUGACUCCUGGGAG